AUGACAUGCAGCAGUUGCUGUUUCUUCGUCGCCCCAUCUGCAGUGGUGGCCAUCGCGAAUCAUCGGGCCAAUCUUCGUCAUACCCUUCACGGGAUGGCGACAUCACAGGGUGAUCCCGCAGCUAUCCUCGACCCCAAGGACUAUGCUGUCGUCUGGAUUGCACCCCUCGAGAUCGAAGCCAAGGCCGCCUUAUAUAUGCUCGACGAGCAACACCAAGGCCGAUUUGCAGUGGAUCAUGGCGAUGAGUACGUGUUCCACGCGGGUAGCAUGUGCGGCCACAAUGUCGUCAUAGCGACUUUCCCAGCUGGCCAGGAGUAUGGCACAGGGUCGGCGGCAGCACUCGCAAGCCAGAUUCUCAAGUGCUUUCCCCAUCACUGGUUUGGACUACUGGUUGGCGUCGCGGCGGGACUGCCAGACCUAUCCUGUAACCCACCCCGCGACAUCCGCCUCGGCGAUGUGCUGGUCAGUCUCCCUGAGGGCGAGAGAGCGGGGAUCAUCGCGUACGAUCUCGGCAAAGAGACCGACGACGGAUUUCAACCCCUACGGUACGGACACGUCUUGACCACGACGAAGCCGAUAGUGCGGUCGGCAAUCGGGAGGAUCAAAAUCCAAGCACCAAACGAUGCCGCGAUCUUCCUUCCCUACUACGAGAAGAUCCGUGACCGGGAGCACGCUAACGGCACCUUCAUGGACCCUGGGCAAGACCGCGACAGGCUCUACUCGACAAACGAGGGCAGACCGGACGAACUCGUCGAACGAGUCCAACGACCAGACUCAGCCCGUACACAAGUAUGGUACGGGCCGAUCGGAUCGGGAGAUAAGCUAUUGAAAAAUGCGCAGAGACGGAACGAGCUCAGGGACAAGUACGGGGUUAUUGGCCUCGAGAUGGAGGCGGCAGGGACGAUGAACCGAAUACCCGUAGGAGUCAUCCGGGGGGUGUGCGACUAUGGCGACCAGCAGAAAAACAAAGAGUGGCAGCCGUACGCAGCGGCGAUGGCGGCUGCGUAUGCGAAAGCCGUGCUGAGGGAGAUACCUCCUUUAAGAAGUACGAGCCACACAGAUGACAUUGCGAAUAUCGUAGGAUCUAACACAGAAUCUGCUCUUCCAUGCUAUCACAUCCAGCUUCCUGAAAACGCCCGCUUUACUGGUCGAGAAACCGUCCUGGACGCAUUGAAUCAAGCAUUCUUGACACGACAGGAAACCCGUCGGAUGGCACUGGUUGGUCUAGGCGGCAUCGGCAAAACACAGAUUGCGCUACGGUUUGCAUACGAUAUCAAAGCCAGCCGACCCGACUGUUCCAUCUUCUGGGUACCAGUCCUGAGUUAUGGCAGCGUAGAACAUGCGUACGUCGAGAUAGCCAAGAAGCUAGGCGUCCAGCAGAAAUCGGACGAGCAAGAUGUCAAGGAACUGGUUUGCCAGUAUCUAAGCUCGGACAAAAGCGGCGAAUGGCUGUUAGUCAUUGACAACGCUGACGACCAGGAGCUCUUCUUCGGAUCUGACGAUAAGGCUGGUAUCGAGGAGUACAUUCCUGAGGGCGAGAACGGGUUGAUACUGUUGACGUCGCGUUCGAGAGAGGUAGCUGUGCAGUUUGCACAGACCAGUAUUGUUGACAUUGAAGCAAUGGACCCGAAGGAGGCAACACUACUUUUCAAGAAGUCUCUCACGCAGGGACAGACACCCCAGGACGAAGCACUAGUGGAAGAUCUUCUUAUCCAGCUGACCUAUCUUCCGCUCGCAAUCACCCAGGCAGCAGCAUAUCUCAAUCAGACCAAGCUACCAAUCCGCAAAUACCUAGGGUUACUACAAGGUGCCGAGAAAGACGCAGUUCGACUCUUCAGUCGAGAAUUCCGCGACAGCGCAAGAUAUCGGAACUCGCCUAACGCUGUAGCCACAACAUGGAUUGUUUCAUUCGAACAGAUCCUGAAGUCCGACCCAAUUGCUGCCGAUCUGCUCUCGUUCACGGCAUGUAUUGAGCCGAAGGCGAUACCGCAAUGGGUCAUGCCAAGCUCAGAGUCAGAGGAGACUGAAUGGGCGAUUGGCACCCUUUGUGGAUACUCGUUUCUCGUUCGGCGAGGAACCGACGACAUAUUCGAUAUGCAUAGUCUUGUGCAUUUGGCCACGCGGGAAUGGCUUAAGAAGCAGGAUCGGCAAGAGCUGGUGGCGCACAAUGCCAUACGUCAUCUCCAAGAUAUAUUCCCUUCGCACGACAGCGCAAAUCCGGUACAGAGGGAGACACUGGACGAGAAGGAUCAUUCUCGACUAUCAUCGGAGCACGAGCUUGCGAGUGCAUACCUUAACGACCGACGGAUCAAGGAAGCAAUCGAGAUGUUGGAGCAUGUGGUAGCGGUACAGAGGGAGAUACUGGACGAGAAGGAUCAUUCUCGACUGGCAUCGGAGCAUAUGCUUGCGAGGGCAUACCUCGACGACCGACGGAUCAAGGAGGCGAUCGAGAUGUUCGAGUAUGUAGUAGCGGUGUGGAGGGAGACACUGGACGAGAAGGAUCAUUCUCGACUAUCAUCGGAGCACGAGCUUGCGAGUGCAUACCUCAGCGACCGGCGGAUCAAGAAGGCAAUCGAGAUGUUGGAGCAUGUGGUAGCGAUACGGAGGGAGACACUGGACGAGAAGGAUCAUUCUCGACUGGCAUCGGAGCAUAUGCUUGCGAGGGCAUACCUCGACGACCGACGGAUCAAGGAGGCGAUCGAGAUGUUCGAGUAUGUAGUAGCGGUGUGGAGGGAGACACUGGACGAGAAGGAUCAUUCUCGACUAUCAUCGGAGCACGAGCUUGCGAGUGCAUACCUCAGCGACCGGCGGAUCAAGAAGGCAAUCGAGAUGUUGGAGCAUGUGGUAGCGAUAGGGAGGGAGACACUGGACGAGAAGGAUCAUUCUCGACUAUCGUCGGAGCACGCGCUUGCGAGGGCAUACCUCGACGACCGACGGAUCAAGGAGGCGAUCGAGAUGUUCGAGUAUGUAGUAGCGGUGUGGAGGGAGACACUGGACGAGAAGGAUCAUUCUCGACUAUCAUCGGAGCACGAGCUUGCGAGUGCAUACCUCAGCGACCGGCGGAUCAAGAAGGCAAUCGAGAUGUUGGAGCAUGUCGUGGCUGUUGAAGCUCACAUUUAUGCCGAGGACGACCCUGAGCGCGUUCUCUCCGUGGAUCUGCUAGCGGAUGCAUACAUACAACUCGAAUCGUGUAAUGAGAAUAUGGACAGCAAGAGUCCAGUCUCAGAUGGCGAUGACUAAGGGCACAACAAGGACACUACCAUGAGCAGGCAUGCAUCCAUCGAGAAGCUCAUAAAGGCUAUGAGUAGCAUGCAAAUCUAGAGAACGAAGCACGGGGAGUCUGCUGUACCACAGAGUGGAUCGCAUCUAGGACGAUAAUCAAGUUUCAGCUUUAUUCAUGCAUAAAGUCUCAACUGAAGAGAGAGUGGACGUCUUUCCGGAGUUAUUGUACAUG